GCCAUGCUGCACAACCUUCUGUCCCUCUUUCUAUUUUCAAAAUGUUGGGAGGUAUGUGGUCCCCACCCCAUGUUAUAUAGACUCUGGUUUUACCACCCUAAAACAUUCAGAAUAUGAUGGAGGAUACAUGGAGUUAUAGUUUAGCGACAGAAUGCUAUGGGCUGCAGAUAUCUUCACUUGGAUUCCUGUUUUUAGCCCCGAUGAACACACGUGUAGAUUAACCUGUCUAAUCAGUCUGAUUCAUGGGAAGGCCUUUGUGUAGCUGUGGGGCCCUGCCUCUCUUAUACCAUGCAUGGGAGGGAAAGAAAUAUCUUAAUUUACUGACUAGAACAAGCUUCUUUUGUUAGGUUACCCUCCAUUGUGUGUAAUUGGAUGUGUUACCAUCCCAGUGCUUCUUAUGUACACUAUUACAGGGCUGCCUGCUUAUUGUUUGUGUGCAAAAGCAAUCUGGCAGACUUUGUGUGUAAUUGUUACCUGUUUUCACUAUGGUGAUGGUGUGCAUGUGAAAAUACAUUCAGCCUGGUCCUGAACAAGAAUUUAACAAGAGUUUGCAUUGGUCUUUUAAUAAGCAAAGUAACUGACCUCAAAGUCCAUAGGGCUGAAUAUCUUGUAAACCAGUUGUGUUGGCUCCUGUUCCAUUGUGUACUACACUCUCAGAAGCAGCCUGCAAGGAUGAAGAUGAGGUGGCACAAGAUGUUCCUGCUGCUUUGCAUGGCUGGCCUAUGUGUGAUCUCUGUACUUCACUUUCUAAAGGCCCUCUCCUAUGUGUCACUGUCUCGUGAGUUGGUCUCUUUAAGCCCUAAUUUUAUCUCUGGUUUUUUGUGGGAGCCUCAACCUUUGAUUCCACGGCUCAUGGACAGGGCUGAAGUUGGUACCCAGGUCCUGCGCGCUCCAGAAUACUACCGUCCACCUCAGCUUAACUACAACCCACCCAGACCACCAUCUUCAGUCCAGGGUGAGCACUUGAGUGCAGAAGAUAUGCAUCUUGUUGAUUUUGUCCUUCAGGAAGACAACACAGAGUAUUUUGUUCAUACCAAAUCAGGUGGUGUAUGCUAUAAGCAAGGAACAAAAUCCCUAGAUCGGACUCCUUCUGAGAAACCAGAACGUAGCUUCCACCGUAAGCAAGCAGCUGGCGCACCUCGGCCACAGCAGCGCAGAAAAUGGGUGGAGUGUGUGUGCCUGCCAGGCUGGUAUGGGCCUAGUUGCGGUGUGCCUACAGUUGUACAACACUCUAACCUUCCCACCAAGGAUCGAUUGACGCCUCGUUUGAAACCGAGACGUGUUAUUAAUGCUAUCAACAUAAAUCAUGAAUUUGAUCUGCUUGAGGCACGAUUCAAUGAACUAAAGGGGAUUGUUGAUGUUUUCCUAGUGUGUGAGUCAAACUUUACAGCUUAUGGAGAGCAAAGGCCACUUUUAUUUCGGCAGAUGCUUCUUAAUGGCACUUUUGAUUACAUCAAAUCCAAGGUGGUGUAUGUCUUUUUGGACCAUUUCCCAGAGGGUGGUAAACAGGAUGGAUGGAUAGCAGAUGACUACCUUAGAACAUUUCUAACUCGUAAUGGUGUAGGCCGACUGCGCAACCUGAGGGAUGAUGACUUAUUUAUUAUAGAUGAUGCUGAUGAGAUCCCUAGCAGGGAGGGGUUACUUUUCCUUAAACUGUAUGAUGGCUGGACAGAGCCUGUUGCUUUCCAUAUGCGCAAGUCACUAUAUGGCUUCUUCUGGAAGCAGCCAGGGACCUUGGAUGUGAUUUCUGCCUGUACUAUUGGAAUGUUACAUUAUGUAUAUGGAAUGGAUGGCAUCCGUCUGCGACGGCGGGAGUACUACACCAUGCCCAACUUUCGACAGUAUGAGAACAAAACUGGUCACAUCUUGGUGCAGUGGUCUGUUGGAAGCCCACUGCACUUUGCAGGGUGGCAUUGCUCUUGGUGCUUCACACCAGAGGGAAUCUAUUAUAAACUUAUCUCAGCACAAAAUGGGGAUUUUCCGAGAUGGGGGGACUAUGAAGACAAAAGAGACCUCAAUUACAUACGUUGGCUCAUAAAAACAGGGGGUUGGUUUGAUGGGACAAAGCAAGAGUACCCACCAGCAGAUCCCCACGAGCACAUGUACGCUCCAAAAUAUAUCAUGGAAAAUUCCCAGCGCUUUGGCUACUUAGUCAAAAACCCUUACAGCAGCUGAGAGGUGGUUGCACAGGGUAAUAAUACUGGUUAUGGUACAAAUAUCUUCACCUGUUGGGUGUUUUCAAAAAUGUUUUUCAUAUGUUCCUUCAUUGAUCCACUGGAAAGGAAAUUGCCACUAACUGGAGAUGAAGGGGAUAGGCAUUACACUGGGUCAUACUGUGUUCUCUAGUGGGGUCCUGGUCCUCACUGGUUGCUGCCUGCCAGGUUGUGGCUGAGGGCACUGGUUACUCAGGAGACUGAAGGUGGUUUUACAUACUGGAGGUAUUUCGGCAUAGCAGCUUGUUAGCGACAUCACUUGUGCUGUUCAAGCACCACUGCAUGUUCACUCACCUUGCCUUCCAACCUUUGGACCGCAAGAUGAACCAGCAAUACAUUGUUGGCCUUGGCUAGAUCAGGGAUAGGCAACUAUUUCCAUUCUAACUGUUGCAGAACUACAACUCCCAGGAUUAUCAUGCUAGUUCUCCUGGUUGAGAAAAUCUGGGGUCUGUAGCUCUCCAACAGCUAGAAGGUUAAUAAUUCCAUAUCCCUAGUAGCGAUUAAUGCUUAUGCAGCAAGCUACAUUGUGUGCGAGUGUGGAUAUGCAUUUACAAGUUCCUGUUCAUGCAGAUCUUUAUACCAACUCAUUGCUUGAAAGAAUCAAAUGUACUUUAUAUAACUUUGUAAUACAAUGAAUUAUAGGCCCGUUCUCCAGAUUUAACCCAGUUAUCGUUGCCUGAACUUGGAAAUCCAUAUAACCGCUCUUCUUAAGUAUGGACUGCAUCAUGAGCACUUCAGAUAGUGGAGAUCUGCUCCGUUUCUUUAAUCCCAUUAGUGCCAAUGUGUUGAAUUACACCAAGAGUACAUCAGUGGUGAAAUGAAGGGAGAAUGCACUAUUAAAACUUCCUGGGAAAGUUGCAAAUUCUUUUUUGCCAAAAGUGAAAGUAAUACAAUACAUGUACAACAUCUGGUGUGUAAACCAUAUACAAUGAGACGGUGAGCAGGUGUGACCUGAGAAAGCUCUGAACAUUAAUCCAGGGGACUCAAGGUUCAGUAUAUCUAUGAUUAAAGAACAUGUUGUAAUGUUUACAGAAUAAAUAUGUAAAUAUUCUGGAGAUCUAGAAUAAAGCAAGUAUUAAUUUUC